GUGUGUUCACCGAGUCCCAUCCAAAAAUACAAGCAACUCAAACUUAGAAGAGAGAAAAGGAUCUAGAGAGAAAAGAAAGAGGUUUAUAUAUAUAUAUAUAGAGAGAGAGAGAGAGAGAGAGAGAGAGAGAGUUCUAAUGCCACCACAAAAGGCCUUCUCCAAAUCUUUGCUCUAUUUUCACCGGUUUUUGCGGCGGAGGCUGACCAACCCGUUCGCACACCACCACCGUAAAAACGCGCAUGUAAACCACCCAAAACCGCAAAAAUGCCCUCCGCCGCCCCUCGACCACCUCGCCGACAAAACCGUACUCCUCGACGUGGACGGCGCCCUCCUACGAUCCCCCUCCGCGUUCCCUUACUUCAUGCUCGUCGCGUUAGAGGCGGGGAGCUUCUUAAGAGGCCUUUUACUGCUAUGUAUAUACCCUCUCCUACUCCUUUUGAAUUAUGAGCUCGGAACAAGGAUCAUGGUAUUCGUGUGCUUCGUCGGAAUACGGGCGGAUAAGUUCCGGCUAGGGAGCGCCGUGCUACACAAGUUCUUCUUAGAAGAUGUGGGCAUGGAGGGGUUCGAGGUGUUGAGGAGGGGAGAGAGGAGGGUGUGUGUUAGUAGGUUGCCACGUGUCAUGGUGGAGGGGUUUUUGGAGGAGUAUUUAGGUGUGGAGGUGGUGGUGGGGAGGGAGAUAAAGGUGGUGGGUGGGUACUUUGUUGGGUUAAUGGAAAAGGAAAGAGAGGUGGAGGAGAACUCGGAGUUGAAGAGAAUAAUGUUGUUGGGUGAUCAUGAACAACAACAGGAGGAGUCGGGUGGAGGAGUUGUGGGUUACUUCGGAUGCUCCCACCAGGAUCCGCACCGCAAACUUUUCUCUCAUUGCAAGAGUAUUUACUGGGUGAACGAAGCAGAGAAGAGAAACUGGCACGUGUUGCCUAGAGAGCAGUAUACAAAACCCUUAGUAUUCCAUGAUGGGAGGUUGGCGUUCCGGCCGACUCCGAUGGCCACCCUCACCAUGUUUCUCUGGCUUCCUCUCGGCAUUCCCCUCUCCGUCUUUCGCACGCUCGUCUUUCUUCUCCUUCCUUACCCCCUUUCCAUCCCAAUUGGCGCCUUCUCCGGCAUGAGAGCCCGUCUUAUCGCCCCUUCUCCCGCUGCUGAUGACGAUUUUGGCGGCCGUAGCCACCUCUAUGUUUGCAACCAUCGCACCCUCCUCGACCCGAUCUACAUUUCUGCGGCACUCAAUAAGCACGUGACCGCCGUCACCUACAGCGUCAGCCGUAUUUCUGAAGCCCUGUCUCCGAUUCGGACUGUACCAUUGACAAGAAAUAAAGAGGAGGAUCGACGGCGGAUGGCAGAGCUCCUUCGACAGGGGGACCUCGUGGUCUGCCCAGAGGGGACCACGUGUCGCGAGCCGUACCUCCUGCGAUUCAGCCCGUUGUUCACAGAACUAGCCGAGGAGAUCAUCCCAGUGGCGCUAAUCACGAGGGUGGGGAUGUUCUACGGGACGUCCACUAGCGGGUUCAAGUUCUUGGAUCCGUUCUACUUCCUCAUGAACCCGCGACCCGAGUAUGCCGUGGAGUUUCUAAAGAAGAUCGACACGUGUCACGUCGAGGGGAGGAGCUCGAGCAUCGAGGUGGCCAAUCACAUACAAAGAGAGAUUGGGAACGCGUUAGGGUUCAAGGUAACCACUCUCACGAGGAAGGACAAGUACAACGUGUUGGCGGGGAACGACGGAUUUGUUAAGGCCAAGAGCAAGAAGCAGUGAUUGCAUUGUUUGCAAACAUAUUAUGAUCGACAAUCUCAUAAAGUGCGCGCACACACACACAUACAUAUAGCUUUUCCAUUUUACUUUCCUUUAUUCUUUUGGGCCAUAGUUAACUUUCCACAGGUUUUACUUUUCCCUUCUUGUUGUUGCUUUUUUUUUUUUUCUUUUUUUUGGGUGUAAUGUGACUGUGUGGAUGUACAAAUCAAUUAAUAAAAUGCAGUUGUUCAUACGAAA